AUGGAUUACCAAGGAAACAAUCUUAAUGAUUUCUUUCAAACUAAUGGGCAUUUGGUACUUAAAAGUGUGGACAACAACUAUAAACUGCGAUCCUUCACUGAAAAGGAGAUAAAGCACAUUACGAAAAGAUAUAGCACUUUGCUUGGUAGUGGCUCGUUCGGUGAUGUCUACAAAGGAAGAUUAGAUGAUCAACGCCCAGUCGCAGUAAAGAGAUACAAAAAUGGAACCAAUAAAGAGGAGUUCGCCAAGGAGGUGAUAGUGCACUCCCAGAUAAACCACAAGAAUGUUGUCAAAUUGUUAGGAUGCUGCACAGAGGAAAAUGCUCUUAUGAUUGUUAUGGAGUUUAUCUGUAAUGGAAACCUCUACAACAUCCUUCACUGUGGCAAUGCUGAUGGUCCUAUCCCUUUUCAUUUGCACAAACGUUUGGACAUCGCCAUUGAGUCAGCUGAAGCGCUAUCAUGUAUGCAUUCAAUGUACAGUCCUGUCCUUCAUGGUGACAUUAAACCUGCCAAUAUACUGUUGGAUGGAAAGUACUUGCCAAAGCUAUCUGAUUUUGGAAUAGCAAGAUUGCUUUCUACUGACGAGGCCCAGCGUACCAAAACUGUUAUUGGUUGCAUAGGUUAUGUGGACCCUUUGUUUUGUCAGAGUGGGAUUCUCACUACAAAGAGUGAUGUAUACAGUUUUGGAGUUGUUCUGUUGGAAAUGAUCACCCGAAAGAAAGCGACGGACGGGGCUACUAGUCUUACUCAAUGUUUCUCUGAGGCCCUGCGUAGAGGGAAGAAGGUGAGACAACUGUUUGAUGUGGAAAUUGCCAAUGACAAGAACAUUAAGUUGAUCGAAGAUAUUGCAAAGCUAGCAGCUACAUGCUUGAGACUGGAUGAUAAAAUGCGUCCGACAAUUGUUGAGGUAGCAGAUAGACUUAGGAGGAUUAGAAAAGCUCUCCCGCAGCGCAAGAGUGAAAGCUCUACAGGCAUCAACAAUGGGCUCAUAAGAAGAGGAAAGGCAGAGGAUGUACCAACUAUUUCCCUUGAUGAAAUGAAGAAAAUAACAAGAAACUUCAGUAAUGGUGCUUUAAUAGGAGAGAGCUCACAAGGCAGAGUUUUCUUCAAAGUGUUAAAAUAUGGACCGGAAUAUGCAUUCAAGUCUUCUCAAGAAAUUGAUUUGAAGAUUGAAGCGAUUUCAAGACUGAAACACGAGAACGUUGUCCAACUUCUCGGGUAUUGGGUCGAAGGAGACAAAUAUGUUCUUGCUUACGAGUAUGCAUCGGGGGGCACUUUGCAUGAUAUUCUUCACAGCCGUCGGCAAAUCGGUGCCAAGUCAGGAACAGUUCUAUCAUGGAUGCAGAGAGUGAAGAUUGCCUUAAGUGCAGCAGAAGGGCUUGAGUUCCUCCAUCAUAAGGCAGAGCCUCAGGUCACCCACGGUAACAUCAUGUCCAGCAAGAUACUUCUCUUUGACAACGAUAUCGCAAAGGUUGGCGACGUCGGCAUAUCCAAUGUGCUGGUCAGUGAUGACAUGGAUAGCUGUCAUAGUUUUAGAUGGGACCUUGACACGGAUCGUAUGAAUGAUCAUUAUUAUCACCAAGAUGAUUACCAUGUCGAUGUAUAUGCUGCUACUGGACAGUGCAACACAAAGAGUGAUGUAUACGCCUUCGGGGUUGUGCUGCUGAAACUUUUAACCGGUCGUAAGGCAGUUGAUCAUACACUACCCCGCGGCAGGCAGAGCCUCGUGACAUGGGCAUACAAUUUUAUGGAAGACAAUGUGUUACCAAAAACAAGUUUUAGUGAAGAUAAGGUGCAGCGAUGCAUGGAUCCAAGGCUUGAAGGAGAUUACCCUCGCAAUGCUGCUACCAAGAUGGGUGCGAUCGCGGCGCUAUGUGUGAAUUACAAUCCAGAUCUCCGACCAAACAUGAGCACUGUCGUCAAGGGUCUGAGACAAUUGCUACACAGCGAGCCAUGUGACUUGGUGGCAUGAAAUAUACACAUUGAAGAGGCUUUGAUGUCCGUGACAUUGUCUCUGGCCGAGCUGCACAAGAUCUCGAAUUUUGAUGGC